AUGACGUCCUGUGCCAGUGCCAAGCGCGCGCUGCUCGUCCUGUGCGCAGGUGCAAUGGAAGUGAUCACGAACCCCGAGCCGGCAGGGGAUUCCUUUCAGAGCGUCACAGCGAACAGUUCAGUCAUUUUCGGAACUCUGGAGGACAUCGACGUGUCUGCUGAUGGCAGUCCGGUCCUGCGCUGCUUGAUCUCCGUGACCUACGCGGCAGUGUGCGCUGCGGGUUUGCUGGGCAACCUCUUUGUGCUCGUGUUUAUCCGGGCCAGACAAGCGCGCAGGAAGUCUGGGACUAAUGUCUUCGUGCUCCACCUGGCCGUGACGGAUCUCCAGUUCGCGCUCACGCUGCCGUUCUGGGCCGCAGACGCAGCGCUGGACUUCAGCUGGCCGUUUGGUGACGUCAUGUGCAAGCUCGUGCUUUCGGUCACGGUGAUGAACAUGUACGCAGGUGUGUUCUUUCUCACUGCCAUGAGCGUCACGCGCUACAGGUGCAUGGCAUCCGCGCUGCAAGACGGGCGAGGCGCGCGCGUCUCUGCCCAGCUCGUCGCUGCUGUGUUGUGGCUGCUGGCCACCGCUGCCACCGCGCCCACGGCCGUGUUCUCCACAGUGAACGAGGUGGCCGGAGAAAAGCUCUGUCUUUUGCGUUUUCCGAACGGCCAGAGCUGGUUAGCUGUGUAUCACCUGCAGAAGAUCCUGCUCGCCUUUGUGAUCCCCAUGGCCAUCGUCUCCAUCAGCUACCUGCUGCUCCUCAGGCUCGUGCGCCGCCGCAGCUUGAAGUCCAGAACGCGCGUGAUCCGCUCGGUCGCCGUCGUGGUCUUGUCCUUCUUCCUGUGCUGGAUGCCCAACCACGCCGUGACGCUGUGGGGGGUCCUGGUGAAGCUGAACGUUGUGCCCUGGGACAAGGCGUACUACGUGGUGCACACCUACGUGUUCCCGCUCACGGUGUGUCUGGCUCACGCGAACAGCUGCUUGAACCCGGUGAUUUACUGCCUCAUGCGCAGCGAGUUCAGGCGCAAGCUGAGAGACCUUUUCUUCCGUGAUGGAACGCGCGCGCGCUCUCCUUGCACUCCAGACGCGUAA